AGGCCUGGCUGCUAGAUGACUCAACUGAGAACUGCUGUAAAGAAUAUAUUACAAUGGCAGAAGGUAAAGAAGAAAAACACAUAGUAAUGUUCCCUUUCAUGGCUCAAGGCCAUUUCAUUCCCUUCCUCAGCUUGGCUAACGUUCUUACUUGCCGAGGCCUCACCGUCAGUUUCCUCACAACCACUGCUAAUGUCUCCAAAUUGAAAUCCCAGGCGGUCGGAUCUUCUAUUCGUUUUGUUUCUCUUUCUCUCCCGCUCGUCCAUGGCCUCCCUCCUGCCUGCGAAAGCACUGACACUCUUUCCUUCAUCGACGGCCAGUUGCUGUUUAUCUCUUCGCACAAGCUUUCCCAGCCGUUUGAAGAGUGGUUGGAGCAGAUCAUCGCGGAGACGUCAAAAAAGCCCGCCUGCAUCAUAAGUGACGUAUUCUUACCUUGGACAGCACAAUCGGCUUCCAAGUUUGGAAUUCCACGUGUUGUUUUCCACACAACAGGAGCCAUGGCGGCUUCUCUUCUGCAAUAUCUCUUCACCAAUCCGGUCUCGGAUAUAAUAAGAGACCGUCAAAUCAUAGAGAUUCAUGAUCACUGUAUUAAUGUGAUUCUGAGGUCUGCGGAGGUGCCUGAGAUACUGAGAAGUGAUUUGUUCAUUUCACCUUACCCUACUCUUACCGUUCUUCAGCAGGCCUAUGGCUCGGCAAAAGAAAGCUGCUCUGCAACGCUUGUCAAUACUUUUGCCGAGCUCGAAGCAGAUUAUGUUCGGUAUUUAGAAGAAUCCACGGGUAAGCCCGUUUGGGGUGUAGCCCAUCCAUUACACAGACCCCAACAUGGGAUCAACAAUGAGUCGGAGUGCAUCCGUUGGCUGGACACCCAGAAGCAUAACUCAGUCCUCUACGUCUCCUUUGGAUCUCAGGCCUUUCUUUCGGAAGACCAAACGAAAGUUCUCGCAAGGGGCAUUGCAGCCAGUAAGCAGCGUUUCAUUUGGACGAUUAAAGAUCUAGUUGGAAGCAACGUUAAUUCCUGUGAUUUUCUUCCUGAGGAUUUCAUGGAAGCAACGAAAGACAGAGGAAGGGUAAUCCAUGGGUGGGUCCCUCAGCUGCUCAUUCUUUCACAUCCUUCGACUGCGUUUUUCAUGACGCACUGUGGGUGGAAUUCAACGUUAGAGAGUAUAAGCGCUGGAGUUCCAAUGGUGCUCUGGCCCAUGUCGUUCGAUCAAUUUAUUAACGCCAAAUUGGUAACUGAGCAUUUGGAUCUUGGACUGCAGAUCUGCGAGGGAUUAGAUGCUAUACCCAGUAGUGAUAUCGUGGAAAACACAGUGAAGACAGCCAUGGCAACAAAAAUUGGGGAAGAUAUGCGUCUACGGGCCCUGAAAAUUAAGGAAUCCAUUAAUGAAGCAUCCUGCAAGUUAAGCGGUAUAGAAGGUUUUGUAUCUUAUGUACUCAGCCUCUGCUGAACAUAACCUGGAAAAUAUUUUGUUCACGUGUAAUGUUUUGAAACCCAGCUUCUUUAGAUUUUUGCAUGAUCAUGCUUCAUGAAAUGAAUUAGUAGCAUAUGAAAAUUAGAGUUAUGGAUAAUGUGUAAAUGUUAUAAAAAUUAUCUUAUGGGUAAAUAUAUGCAAGUUAAAUGAGUUACAUUUUUA